AUGGUCUGGGCGUUUCUCUCACCGGCAUGGCUUGCCGUAGCCGGCAGUCUGAUGAUACGUGCCGAUGCGCAACCUUACAGCAUCGACACCCCAGACGCCAUUCGACAGUCCGCACGAACAUUGGCGUACGACCUGAUGCUGUUCUACAAAGGCAAUCAGUCUGGAGAAAUCCCCGGUAUCUUGCCCGGACCUCCCGAUAGCGGACUGGGUCCGUAUUACUGGUGGGAAGGUGGAGCCAUGAUGGGCACCUAUAUAGAUUACUGGAAGUGGACCGGAGACUCGAGUUACAACAAGGUUGUCAUGGAAGGGAUGCUCCACCAGGUUGGUGAGCACAAAAACUACAUGCCGAGAAACCACACGCUGUCCUUGGGAAACGACGAUCAGGGCUUCUGGGGCUUAUCCGCGAUGCUGGCCGCUGAGAACAAGUUCCCCGACCCCCCCGAGGAUCAGCCCCAAUGGCUUGCUCUGGCACAAGCAGUGUGGAGCACACAGGCGGAUCCCAGUCGCUACGACGAGACUUGUGGCGGAGGAUUGCGCUGGCAGAUUCCUUUUUCCAACAAAGGAUAUGGGUACAAGAACACUAUUGCCAAUGGCAUUUUCUUCAACAUGGGCGCUCGCCUUGCACGGUAUACCCAAAACGACACUUAUGCAAAACGCGCCGAGCAGGCCUGGGAUUGGAUGAUAAAUGUCGGCUACAUUGAUACCGAGAUCUGGCACGCAUACGACGGCGCACAUGUGGACAAGAAUUGCACCGACGUCAACAAGGCUACCUUUUCCUACAACGCGGCCAUUCUAACGCAAGGCGCCGCUUUCAUGUACAACUACACAAACGGAGGUGGCAAGUGGAAGACUGCCGUAGACGGCCUUUUGGAUACGCUUUUGGAAACAUUCUUCCCAAACAACACUGCUUACGAGGUGCCUUGCGAGGGCAGCAAUGGAAAGGGGACAUGCACCCGCGACAUGCUGUCGUUCAAGGGCUACGUCCAUCGAUGGCUCGCCGUGGUGACGCAGAUAGCCCCGCAUACCAGGGACAAGAUCCUCCCGGUCCUGCGAGCGUCCACCGCAGCAGCCAUAAAGCAGUGCACCGGCGGCGCGAGCGGCCGGCAAUGCGGUUUCUACUGGAUCCUGGGCCGAUUCAUCGAUCCAGCCGUGGACAAGACCACCGGCGCGGGCGAAGCCAUGAACGUGCUGGGCGCGGUGUCGAGCCUCCUCAUCGACGAAGCUGUUCCACCACUGACGAACAAGACGGGUGGAACGUCCAAGGGCGACGCAACCGCAGGAGGCAAGGAUAAUUUCGAACGGCCGCUGAAGCCCAUCACGAUGGCUGACAAGGCGGGGGCCGGCGUCGUCACAUUUCUGCUGCUUGGUGGUGCCGCUGGCAUGUUUGUCUGGAUGAGCGCGUUUGAUUAG